AUGUCUGUUUCAACACCCUUACCCUUUACCGUUGUAUAUUCUAACAUCCAACAGCAAUUGAUUCUAUACGUUUAUCCAAUAUGGUUAAUCUUUGGCAUUGGUGGUGGAAUUCUCAAUCUAAUCGUCUUCUCUCGACCGAAAUUACGUGGAUCAUCCUGUUGUAUCUACUUUUUUGCUGCUUCUACAGAUCAUAUAUUAACAUUGAUUAUCGGCAUUGGACCCACUAUUUACGCUCUUAAUCAUUCCGAUCCGCAGAUUGAUUCGAUUGUAUUCUGCAAAAUACGAGGUUACCUGUUUCAAAUCACAUUAAUGCUUUCACGUUGGUUUGUAGCGUUUGCUUGCAUCGAUCGUUACGCAUUAUCUUCCGAUAGUGUUAACCUACGACAUUUUGCAAGUAAACGAAUUGCGUAUCGAUGUGUCAUUGCCAUUCUUCUUGUGUGGUCAAUCGUGUGUAGUCAUAGAUUAAUAUUUUACGAGAUUCAAGGCCAUCUAUGUGGUAUUAUAACAAAUUCCGGUGCAGCUAUUUAUCAUACUUUAUAUGUUAUUAUCGGAGGUGGAAUACUUCCAGCUAUAAUUAUGAUCAUAUGUGCUUUUCUUAUUCGACGAAAUCUAGAUCGUAAACAUAAGAAACGUUUGCAGAUCUCAGCGGUUGAACAUCAGCAAAAUUCACUUGACCAUCAAGUGCUAAUCUUAUUAUCGAUACAGAUCAUUUGCUAUAUUAUUUUUACAACACCGCAAAUGUGUAACUUAAUUUACAAUGCUAUUUUGAAUACAAUACCAAAUCUGUCUAGGGAAACAUUAGCUUUGCAGAGAUUUCUUAGUUUCAUGGCUGAAUUGAUGUUAUACAUGUUUCCUGUGACGUCAUUCUAUUUGUACACUCUGACAUCACGAACAUUUCGGAAUGAACUAUUUACUUCCUUUCGCCUACUUCCGAUAUUCCGUUCGAUCUGCACAAAGAUUCGCAUCGCACCGUCAGCAUCGAACGCUAUCAAUGGACAUGACAUUCCACAACCUCUCCCAACACUGGUGGUUAACCAAUAA